AUGGCCGAAACUCAAGUUCAGAGGCAGCAACCCGCAGCCACAAAAGCCAAGUCCAAGAAACGCCCUCGCAAUGACGAAACUACUGCACGUAAACGAAGAAAGCAAGCUUAUGAGGAAGAAGAGGAAUACCUCGACCUAGAAGCCGGUGUAAACAAGAAGAUCUCUAUGAUCGAUAGCCUACUCCUUGCAGACCAUUAUUCCAAGAAAAUCAGGAGAUUCGGAACGGAUUUAAAACCAGUCGAGCUCAGCCAGUUAGACAUAUCACCAAACUACAUCACAGACACCACGUCUUUCCAGGAGACGAGGAAUCUAGAGAAUCUGCCACAGUUCCUAGAGCAAUUCGCAGACGCAAAGAAGCUAGGGGAAGCACCCAAGGACAAUGGCGCACCACACACUAUCAUCGUCACCGGUGCCGGUCUAAGAGCCGCAGAUCUCGUGAGAUCUGUUCGGAAAUACCAAUCGAAAAACAACGCAGUCGCAAAACUAUUCGCAAAGCACAUAAAAAUCGAGGAAAGCGUACAAUUCCUCCAGAAGCACCGCACGGGUGUUGCAGUAGGCACUCCCGUUCGAUUAUCCGACCUAGUCGAUAACUCCGCCUUGAACCUAAGUAAGCUCGAGCGCCUGGUUGUAGAUGCUUCGCACAUUGAUCAGAAGAAACGCGGUGUCAUGGAUAUGAAGGAGACCAUGUUGCCACUAGCCCGUUGGCUAGCCCGCCAAGAGUUCAAGGAGAGGUAUGCCGAUCCUGAGAAGCCCCUACAGCUACUUUUCUACUGA